AUGACUCAAAAGCAUGUCAAUCAAGAGCCUGUGAUUCAAGAGAAUGUCCCUGUGAAUCAAGAUCAUGUGAAUGAAGUACUUGUCAACCAAGAUCCUGUAAAUAUAGUAAUUUCUAACCUAGUGCUUGUGAAUAUUGGUGUUAGUGUGCCUAAUAUCCUUGGUGUUAGAGCGUGGAAGCCUUCAGAUAGAACCAACAAGUCCUCUAGUUCUGAUCCUGUCUGGAACGCCGCCGCGGCCGUCAUCUUCGCCUCCGUCUCCGGUUUCUUCGACUGUGCCGCAUUCGCCUCAAGAAGCCAGGAAAACGAGCAACUAGCUCUUGUAUACAAAACAGUGCUUGUACCUUGGAUUGGGGAAAGAGGAAUUGAGGAUAAAAUGAGAUCAAAUGGAGGAAGAUGA